GGGGGGGGGGUGCGUGUGUGUGGAUAGAACGGUAAAAAGCCUGAAGGCCAAGGGAUGAUAUGAAAUAAGAAAAAACAUACGCCACCUAAUAUAACGAUCAAUUACGUAUCUCAGGAUCUCUGCUCAGGAUGCAUCAAGGGGCCACCUUCAUCCUCUUCCGCCGUGGGAUUGCUUCCAUUUUCCCCAUGACAUGGGGACGGACCCUGCCCCCCCACGUCUCACUAGACCCUGCGGGUGCCUACCAGAGAUUUCCAGGACAAGGGCUACCAUGGAGUCAUCAGCAGAUCCGCACCAAAGCCCGGGGAAAUGAAUACCAGCCAUCAAACAUUAAACGGAAACAUAAACAUGGCUGGAUCAAGCGCAUCCGGACAGCCAGCGGAAUUGAGGUGAUCCUCCGGCGUAUGCUGAAGGGCAGGAAAUCAUUGACACAUUGAUGACUCAGAAGGGUUAGCUCCAGAAGAACAAUGCUGAAGCAAGAUUCCAAGAAUUGAGAUCAAGAUCUGUUUGAAUAUCAGUGGCUUUCCUUGCUCUGUUGGAGAAGUGUGGCAAACACUUCCACGCACCAACCUUAGCUAUAAUCUGCCCUUUCAAGGGAAAGGGGGAAAUUCUUCGGCAUCAUUCAGUAGCUAAUUUUCAGUUAGUAUUAAAACAAAUGUUUCAUGCUUUCACAACAAAAGGAGAACAUUUGAGA